AAGAGGAAGGGCUGCUCAGCUGAUCAACAGAGAUUAUCAUCGCUGCUCCUUAUCUCAAACCCAGACAACUGGACUGCACAGUAAGAAGCCUGUGAGUGUCUUGUAAGGACUGACUUCAACACACAAAGACUCUUAACAGGUGAAAUACCUCGAUCUUAGUGUGCGGACUUCACUCGGGGAAAGCAGGAGAAAAGCUUGUAUUGACCAUUCCUCUGAACUUCGAGAUGGCAUCUGAAGCCUUAGAGAUCCUUGGUUUGUCUUUAAGCAUCUUGGGCUGGGUGGGGGUGAUCCUGGCGUGUGGACUCCCCAUGUGGCAAGUCUCUGCUUUCAUAGAGAACAACAUCGUGGUAGCCCAGACCAUCUGGGAAGGUCUGUGGAUGUCUUGCGUGGUGCAGAGCACCGGACAAAUGCAGUGCAAGGUGUACGACUCGAUCCUAGCUCUGACUCCAGAGCUGCAGGCGGGGAGGGCUCUCACGGUCCUUGCCUCCAUCGUGGGUCUCAUCGGUCUCCUUGUCACCAUCGUGGGUGCCCAGUGUACCACCUGCUUCCAGGGCAGCAACAUGAAGAGGCGGGUGGUGCUCGCUGGGGGUAUUAUCUACAUCGUGUGCGGAAUCCUGGUGCUUAUUCCCCUCUGCUGGAUCGCGAAUAUAGUGAUUAGAGAGUUCUUCGAUCCUCACGUUCCACCCUCUCGGAAGCGAGAGAUGGGGGCAGCUUUGUAUAUAGGGUGGGCUGCCACUGCCCUACUGCUCCUAGGGGGCAUCCUUUUAUGCGUCACUUGCCCCAUGAAAGGGCAAAACAGCAUGCCGGUGAAGUACGCUGCCCCCCGCAGACCCACAUCCAACGGAGACUAUGACAAGAAGAACUACGUGUAACGAGACAGCAGGAUCAGUCCAGGUGGAGAUCGCACUCAGCCAUCAAAGACACUGCUGGCAAAGUCCCACUCACACACCCUCCUAAUGUACCCACAGACACUCAACACCCACAGACUGCCUCUCUGGACCUUAUGUGACCGAGGAUGUCCACAGCGAUCCCCGUGUCUCCGAGUUCACGGGAGGCGACAAGUGCCUGUCUUCACAGUACUGAGGACGUCUGGCUUGGGUGGGAUGAAAAGACUUUAGAAGUAAACCCACGUGUAAAGCGCUCAUCGUGUUCCCUCUGUACAUAAUCUCAGUAGUUUGAAAUGUAUAUGUAUGAGUAGGCUGUCAUAAUUGUGUCAUUAAUCAAAUAUACUUCUGGGCUGUGGGUUUACAGGGCAUUGGAGCACCUGCUCCAUGU